UGAAAAAGGCAAUUCCAUUUAUUUAGCAAGCUAGAGAGCACAAAAGAGACUCAUCAUCAUUACAAUGGCAUCCGCAACUAUUCUCAUGAUCUUCACGGCGGUGGCAUUGAUCAUGUCCGGCGAGAGCGUUCAUGCAGCAGUGGACUGCUCAUCGUUGAUACUAAACAUGGCUGAUUGUUUGUCGUUCGUGACUAGUGGUAGUACCGUGGUGAAGCCAGAAGGAACAUGUUGUUCAGGGCUUAAGACUGUGGUUAGGUCAGGACCAGAAUGUCUAUGUGAGGCUUUCAAGAAUAGUGCUUCUCUUGGUGUUACUCUUGAUCUUUCUAAAGCUGCUUCUCUUCCUUCUGUUUGUAAAGUUGCUGCUCCUCCGUCUGCUCGUUGUGGCCUUUCUGUCGCUGGAUCUCCUCCUGCUACUGCCCCUGGUUUAUCUCCCACGGCCGAAGCUGGUGCACCGGAGGUGUCCAGAGGAGCAAAUGCCGCAACCCCAGUUUCGUCCCCGAGAAGUUCCGAUGCGUCCAUGCGCUCUAUGUCGUUCGCAUCUAUCAUCUUCAUGGCACUCAUUUCUUCUUUCAAUUGAGCCUUGCAAUCUAAUUGCUUCUAUUGAGUUCUUUUUGUUUGCUAUGUAGCUGAAGAGUUUGGUGUUCCUAAUCAUUUUUUACCUUUCAUGUUGUGUCAAUUUUACUGAGAUUCUCUUUUUAGCUAACGUUAUUGCUUACUUUAAAUUUUUGGACAUGACUUUGAAGUUGGUAGGAUUGACUUUGUGUUACUCCAAAUCACUUGAACCUAUUAGGCCACA